GUCCCCUUUCCCCGCUUCCCCCAUCCCCCAUCCGCUUUAACCACGCCUUUGCUGGUAGACCUAGGCUACUACAUGUAACUUCAUAUUGCUUACUGGUAACGUCCGAUUUCGUUAUGAACCGGUAAGUUGAACUUGUCGACCUGAGUAACUGGAAACCCGAAGUGAAUGGCAAAAGUGAACACUGGCACUUCCAGUCGUAGAGCCAUGAUCAUAGCUGGUCGAUUUCUGUCCAAACCUUCAGUACAGAUCCACAAGAGUCGUCGGAUAUUCCCAGAGUUACAGCGGGACAUUAGCUCUCGCGGCGACGCCGGUCAUCGGAGCAAAAUGCCGGCAUGUCUGGGCCAGCCGGACGCGCCUGGUUCUCUGACUGCUGCCGACCGUCAUGCACUGUCAAACCGCACACUCAUUUACCGGGACGUGAAGGCAUUUCUCAGUGAGAUCGUUGGAGACACACGAGAGGCUCGCUACUGGCUAACGCAAUUCCAGAAAGCAAAUGUAUGGCAAUCGCCUGCUUUUGCAGUCAUAGAGGUUGAUCAGUCUGUGUUUGAGAGCCGGGAGAUGGUGCAAAGCCUGGGCUUUGGGCUCUCUUUUCUGCAGCGGAUGGAUAUGAAACCUGUAGUGGUGAUGGGGCUGACCCAGACCAAGGACGGUGAUGAGGUCCUCGAUCCCAGGUCCAGUGUAGUCCAGAACUGCCAGGCGCUCACCGAGGUGCUGCAGAAUAACUCGGCCAGCGUCAUUCCAUUCUUCAGCUCUGAAGUCGUCCUCCUCGUCCAGGACACGCUGGCCAGUCCCUCUGUGUCAGUGGACGAUAGUAGACCCUCCGUCUCGGCAGAUGGCAGUAGACCCUCCAUCUCGGUGGACAGAGGCCUGCUCCAGUGGACCCUGGACUGUGGGGCCAUUCCGCUGGUGUGCCCCGUGGGCCGCACCACGGCCAGCCGCUCGGUGGUGCUGGACUCGGUUGACGUCACCGCCGCCAUCGCCAAGGUCCUGCAGCCCCUCAAAGUCAUGUUCCUCAACAGCUGGGGGGGCAUCCGGAACCAGAGCCAGAAGGUGCUGGGUCAGGUGUCUCUGCCCUCAGACAUGCCCUUGCUGUCGCGGGCGACGUGGCUCGGCGCCACUGAGCGCCAGCGGGUGGCCGCCAUCGACCAGCUCCUCAACCAGCUGCCCUGCGAGUCCUCAGCCGUCAUCACCUCAGCCAACACGCUGCUGACCGAGCUCUUCAGCCACAAGGGAUCCGGCACCCUGUUUAAAAACGGAGAUCCCAUUCACAGGUACACCAGCCUGGAUCACAUUGACGUUGACCGCCUGGUUGCCCUGAUCAACAAGUCGUUCGGGAAGAACCUGAAAGAAGAUUACAUCACCUCUCUGAAGGACAGGCUGCAUUCUAUCUACCUCUCUGAAGAGUACAGCGCUGCUGCCAUCAUCACCACGGAGCAGGUGAGCAGUGGCACCCUGUACCUGGACAAGUUUGUGGUGAGCAGCAGCAAAAGGGGCCAGGGCACCAGCCAGAUCCUGUGGGACAGCAUUCGGCAGGACCUGGGAAAGCUCUUCUGGAGGUCCCGCUGCACCAACCACAUCAACCCCUGGUACUUCAAGCACUGUGACGGCAGCUGUGUUAACGGCAGGCAGAUCAUUUUCUGGUUUGGACUGUCCGAUAUCCGUGAGUCUUACGAACUGGUGGAGUAUGCCAACCGUGUGCCCUACUCCUUCAUAGACACACCACCAGAGGAAACGCCCCAGUGCUCUACGCCUGGGUCCUGAGCCUCAGUUCCUCCCCCCAUCCCCCCUGCUACCCCUCCACCCACCCUUCCACCCCUCUCCUGACCUUGCCACCCCUCCACCCCCCUUGCCACCCCUCCACUGCCCCUGCCACCCCCUUGCUGCAUUCUGUCUGGAGCUGCGUGGAAUCUUUGUUCAAGGAAUGGAGCUUGGAAACCACAUUUUUACUCUGCCUUGUAGUUUGAAACCUCUUUUUUUAAAAUCUCAUCUUCAAUUGCAUUUUGACCCCAAAAAAAGCUAGCUAACAAGUGCAAUGCUAUAGCUUAGAAAAGCAAACUCAGUACCUAGAUAUCUGAACUUUCACAUUCCUUUCCAAAAACCUGCAUGCUAAACUUUUGUCAGUUUUUUGAAGGCUAAAAAUGCGGUUUGAGCUGCGGACUCUCCUGGACUUGGGCGAGCGCAGGAACCGUAUUACCUCAGGUGCUUUAAAUAUUGAUGUAAAGAGGUGCUAUUGGAGUGAAAAGCUAGUGAACUUGUUUACAGCAGCCACGGUGCCUUUGACGUGCUGUCACAUGACUCAGUAGUAGUGCUUUGGAACCUGCAGUGUGGAGUUCACUGGGCUGUGGGUGAAGGUAUGGGAGGAAUGCACACGCUGUACCUGAUGGGUGUCUUACAGAUGGUAACAGCAGGGAUUGGAGAUAUGAAUUGGCAGUUACAAGUUGGGUAGACAAACAGUGGGGGGGGGGGGGUAGAUUGUGUGUGUGUGUGUGUGAGAGAAGGGGGGAGGGGGAUUGAGUCUGAAGACUGUUUUUAACAUACCUGAACUGGCAGAAAAUUUGUAUUACUGUCUAAGGGCUGUAUUGUUGUAUUAGCUGUAUUGACCAGGAGGACUGUACAUAUCAUAUCACUCGUUAAUGCAUCAAGGAUUAAUAAGGGUUUCCAUUUCUUCAAUAAUGGAUUAUUAGAUUGUGGUGGUGCAAGUUUUCUGAAUACGCUGAGUACUGGUGUUGAAACUCAUACAAUUUCACAUAUUAAAGUGACUUUUCUCACUUUCAGGUAUACACAGGUCAUAAGCAUUAUUCCCUGAAACUUAAAAAAAACAAACAAAAAAAUUCUGUUGAAAGGGAAAUUACUACAAGGAGAUUAUCAGUUUACUUGAAGUUUAAAUACAGCUUUUAAAUCCAUGAACUGAUUGAAAAAUCAGUACUGUAGUUAUUUUCAUUUGUACUAAAGACUUGUUUUACACUUUUCAAAGUAGAAAGACUGUUCUUUAAUUUGAAAUGUUUCCCUCAGUAUCACUCUUUUGGUGAUGUGGUUUGUAGUUCUGCAUUUUAACAUUGCCUGUUUGGUUUUCUGUACCAUUUCUGGAAAUAUUUAUCAAAAAGUGUUCAUCAAAAUAAUUUUUAUGCUUAAUAAAGGGCCAUUCACUGAACAAAA